GUGGAGAUGGGAAGAGUCUGUGAGGGAGUUGCCAUGGGAAUGGGUGCACUUUUGGCUCUCCCGUGCGUCAGGGAGCGUCCUGAGGGGAAAAUUCCACUGGGAGACCAUCGGUAGGUUGCGUUAGAAAUCCAGUUUCAUCUCAAAAGGUGUUCGGUCGAACGAGUGGCUCUGAAAACCUGUCAAUUUUUUCCGUUCUUGGGCUUCACCCUUCCUGGUGGACAUUGAACUCUGUGUUUUGAAUUCGUCUUCAGCUUGAAACCUGGAAAUGUCACCCCACUGCACGGAGGAAUUCUCAGUCUGCGGGUUUUGUCCUUUUGGAUCUUGCCCCCAUUUUGACGACUCCACGCUUAUGGACCUGGGGAAUGGAAUGUAGGGCAGUUUUGGGAGUUGGGGCCCUUGGCUGUUAUUUCUUUUCCAGAGCGACACACCGCUGUCUGGAAAGAUGGGCUCGAAUUCCUCAAAGGCCCGUCGGAAGGUGACUAAAGUAGCCCCCAUGCCCAUGAAAGAGGACUGGCCGCGGGUCCCUGGAAAGGUGGCCGUCUACACGUUCCAGAGCCCUCAGGGGGAGACAAGUCGAAACGCAUUUGCCUCUUGGGUGGAAAGGAAUCCAGCAUCAGACAGGCACCUUCCGCCCCUGAGAGAAAUGGGACAAGGGGCAUAUCCCACAGUGCCGAGGUCCGUUCCGCUAGACCUGAAGAUGGAAGUGGGAGGACAAAGCAUCAUCAAACAGCACCCUCCCCGAAGACCCCAGAAGUUGGAGCCUUUCAUUCUUGCAAAGGACAUCCCUGCGGACAAGUUCUUAAGCCUGCCGUGUGGAGGAGCAAUAUACAGAGCAAAGGAGCAAGAUAAAGGAGGGAAGACUGUUCUGCACCCCGCUGGAAGACGGCAGUAUCUACUGAAGAUGAAGAUGCUGGAACAAAGGAAAGAGGCAGAACUGAAAAGAUGCUUGCAGGAGGAGGCAAGACUUAACAAGCCAAAAGCGAGGGACCUCAGCAUCAGCGAAACUCUUGGGUGUGUGCCGGGGAAUAAUAGCUCCGAAGAUGAGGAGCUUCUUGCCCUGGAGCGUGACCAGACAUUUGACGGAGAUCAUGGCGAUCGGUGGAGCGGAGAAUUUCCAAAAGAGCUUGGACCUUCUGAACCCCACCAAGGACAGAGGGGUAAAGUGGAGACGUGGUUGCUAAAGCAGCAGGCAAGAAGGGAAUCUUUCUGGGAUGCAUCAAGCACGGACUCCGAGAACUGGGAAGGCGACUUGGGGAAACCUCGCCGGAGACCAGCCUUAGUGAGGACUAAGACGGAGAGAAUCGCUCUGUUCGACGAGUUUUUUGAUAGAGAGUUCUGAGCCAGAGAGUCCCCAGAAGGAAGGUCAGGUUGGCGAGGAAGACGGAGCGAGCCUUAAAGUCAACAAGGGAGAUGUCAUGGCGGCUAAGAGACCGACACCCUCCCAUCUCACUUCUGCCAUGGACUCGCAAGCUUCUCUCUUGCUCUGCAAAAUGGGCGGGUUCAACAGCUUACCUUACAGGGUAGGUGUGUGAAGCGUUGGGCAUACUUGGAAGUGUUAUACCAAUGCUAAGUAUUAUUACAAAGCCCUCAAUGGCUCGAGACCAAAGGACCUGCAGGAGUGACUAUAUCACCAGGGGAGGCCCUGUUCUUGAUGCUUCCUGGUUGGCAUUGACCCAAUGACAGGGCCUUCUUUGUGGUGGUCUCUUUGUGGAAUGCCUUCCCUGGUCAGGUGAGUCUCUCUCUCUCCCUCCCUCCCCGACUUUCAGGAGAAAUUUAAAGGCAUCCCUGUUUACCCAGGCAUUUGAGGGCCAAGAGACCUUGAAAUUAGAAGCUGCGAGGGAAAUGUGAUUGCUUUUCAAUGUUGUUAUAUGUUCUCAACGGUUUAAAAUGGUUUCUAAAUGUUUUAAAUGUGUUUUAUUUUAAACUGAAUUGUUUUAACAUUUGCUAUGUUUGCCACCUUGGGCUCCUUUGGGCAGAUGGGCGAGAUACAAAUUUAAUAAUAAAAUAAAAUUAUAAAACCCUGGUUCAGCCAUAGGCAUGGCUUGGUCAAUAACUAAACUAAGUUGCAUGGGAACCACAGGUUUUGCUGCAGUGCUCUGCUGAGAUAAGCACAUUUAACAGCCUUUAUUCCAGCUCAGCUGAGUAUAGUCUGUUGUCGCAGCGACUCUCCACGAUUUCUGGUGGAGACUUUUUCCCAUCCCAGCUACCUGAGAUAAUUACCUGUUGAGUGGAGAGUUACCAUUUUAGCAGAGCUGCUAAAAGCUACAGCAAGCUGUCAACCUAGCUGGUUUGGGGGUCACUCCUGGUUCUGGUGCAGUUCAAAUAAACGAGGCCCUGCCUUCCUCGUUUUCUUCGAUUCAGGCGGAUGUCUAGGGCAGCUCGGAAGGGUCCUCGUGCAAAUGUGCAUGCGUGCAAUGGUAGAGUCCUGGCUGGAAAGCUUAAAUCCUGCCGCCACUACACUGGAGAGGGAUUGAAGAAAAGGAAUAUGAAUUGGCCCCACCCUGUAGCUUGACCAAUUGUGGCUAGGAGCCAAGUAGCGUCAUAGAUCUGAAAAGAAAAAAGGUGUAGACUUGCACACACUGGCCAGCUUCCAUUUUGACUUGAAAUGUUCAUGUUGGGCUUCUCUGAAGUAUGUAAAGGCAAGAAGCAGGCAGGGGGAGCGCCGGCUCACAAUGGCAGCCACCCGAGAGGUGCAAGAACUGCUCUCCGGCCCAUUCCAGGCUGAAAAAAAGCACUGUAAAUAACUAUCGCUCUUUGAAAAGCUGGCAUCACUGGAUCAAGCACUUUGGUUGAAUGAAACGGAAUCAUUUUAUGUGUGUUUUGGAUAAAUGUGCAAUUAAUUGUUA